GUUCUCACCCUCGACGCUCACCGUCCGACCUCUUACAGCCUCAUCUUUUGUCAACCCACCCACCUACCCUUUAUAUUGCUCUUAGUGUCUAGCUGGGAUAUAUACGAGGACACUCAAAUAACUUAUACUGUCAAACGCAUCGGUAUAUGUGCAGAGACGAUACUUUCGGUCCCAUGCAUCGGAAACAUACUCCAUUCCAUCUCGCAGCUUGCCAAUGUUUAUUCUCGAAAAGGAUGUCAGAAUGGCUUCACCUUCUCCGCAAUACCGAGCGAGCAAUCCAGUGUUAGCAUGUGUUGUCGACACGAAAGAGCGAAUGCGGGGUUUCCUCAUUCCGUUUGGAGGUACUUCUUUGGAUCAUUUGCCGACUGUUCGAUGGCAGAUCUUUUUCGACAUCUUGCAAGGGCUGGUAACUAUUCAUGCGAUUCCUGCUGAUGCACUGGGGACAUCAAAGAUAGAGGAAGAUAUGCAGCUUGUUGAACAUGGGGAUAUCUGUGCACGGAAUGUACUCGUGGACGAAUCGGGAAAGGUACAUUUGAUAGAUGUUGGGAGUAGGACAGAGGAUUAUCAGGGAGAUCGGGGAGCAUUGGCGGAAAUGAUGGCUGAGUUGAGGUUAAAAGCAGAAACAGAGCAAGACGAAACAAUGAUCGACCGUACGUUGAAAUUACUUGAAGGCACGCUGGCUCUCCAAGACAUUAUCACGUCUUUGGAAAUACGAGCAUGAAUGGAGUAAGUGGAAUAGACUCCUUUGACUCUCUAUACUCACCGGUAAUAGUACGUUCAUUAUAUAUGUUGUUGCC